GAGGCAGUUUCUGUUUCUUACUUCUCUAAUUACCUGUAACCACUUUCCUUUUACAUCCACAUUUAUCAAUCCAUUUAUUCUUUAUUCUUUUUUUUUCUUUAUACUCUAUUGCCAGUGGCUAUAGAAAUUGGAUAAAGAAGGUUAAUAAUAGAGGUGGGGUGAGAAUAUCGUCUGUUACGUCAUUAUCGAAUAGGUUCAGACGUCAAACAGGGUGACAAAAAAACGUAUAAAAAGAGAGGAAAAAGUAAUUGGAAAUCAGUCGAGUGAGCAUCUCCGACACGACAACAGCAGUAAAGCAAUUUGCACUUUCUACAUUCUUCGUCGUAAACUGAACAUCAGUUUGCAAUCAUGGCUUAUUACGGCGUGUCGCUGCUUUUGGCUGUUGUCUCGUUGAUGGCCGGAUCGGCCAUGGGUGUACCGAUGGCUUCCGGGUACGGUUACACAACUACGGCGUCCUACUACACAACAACGUACGCUUCUCCCAGUUACACAACUAAAGCACCCGAGUACUACACCGAAGCACCCAAGUAUUACACAACCAAGGCUCCUGAGUACUACACUACCACGUAUGCAGCUCCAUCGUAUUACACCGAGGCACCAAAGUACUACACCACAAAGGCUCCUGAGUACUACACUACCACGUAUGCAGCUCCAAGCUACUACACCGAGGCGCCCAAGUACUACACCACAAAGGCUCCUGAGUACUACACUACCACGUAUGCAGCUCCAAGCUACUACACCACAACGGCUCCUGAGUACUACACCACCGCGUAUGCAGCUCCAAGUUACUACACCGAGGCGCCCAAGUACUACACCACAAAGGCUCCUGAGUAUUACACCACCACUUAUGCAGCUCCGAGCUACUACACCGAGGCGCCCAAGUACUACACCACAAAGGCUCCUGAGUAUUACACUACCACGUAUGCAGCUCCAAGCUACUACACCACAAAGGCUCCUGAGUACUACACCACCACGUAUGCAGCUCCAAGUUACUACACCGAGGCGCCCAAGUACUACACCACCAAGGCUCCGGAGUAUUACACCACCACUUAUGCAGCUCCGACCUACUACACCGAGGCUCCCAAGUAUUACACCACUACUUAUGCUGCCCCCACCUACUACACUGAAGCCCCGGUUUAUUACACCACUACUUAUGCUACCCCCAGCUACUACACAGAAGCCCCGAAAUACUACUCUGCUCCAAGCUACACAACCACAGUUGCCCCGUACUACACCACAACUGAAGCAGCCAAGUACUAUGUAGCCCCAACUUACUACACUGCUGCUGCUCCAUCUUAUUAUGCUGAGCCAACUUACUACACCGAAGCUCCAGUUUAUUACACUACAACUUACGCUACUCCAAGCUACUACACCACCAAGGCACCUGAAUACUACACCGAGAAGGCCGAAUAUUACACAACAACGUACGCUGCCCCGACUUACUACACUGAGGCUCCAAAAUAUUACUCAGCUCCGAGUUACUACACCGAGGCUCCGGUUUACUACACAACAACUUACGCCGCUCCAACCUAUUACACUGAGGCUCCCAAGUACUACUCAGCUCCAAGCUACUACCAGACUGAGGCUCCUCAAUACUACACCACUAAGGCACCAGAAUACUACACAACAACCUAUGCCGCUCCGACCUACUACACUGAGGUUCCGAAGUAUUACUCUGCCCCGGCUUAUUACACUGAGGCUCCAACUUACUACACCACCAAAGCCCCCGAGUAUUACACUACCACGUAUGCUGCCCCAACUUACUACACCGAGGCUCCCAAAUAUUACUCUGCCCCGAGUUACUACACUGAACCAGCAAAGUACUACACCACCAAGGCGCCUGAAUACUACACCACAACCUACGCUGCCCCAGCUUACUACACUGAAGCUCCAAAAUAUUAUUAGCGCUAUUUAAAAAAUGUAUAGUCUUUAUUAAAGUUAAUUGAAUUUUUUUACGGCAUAUCUCUGUUCCAUAUCUUCUAUAGUCAAUUGGUUUGGAAUGUGGUGUCUUAAUGAGAUAAUCAAUAAAAAUAUUUAUGUGGUUAAAAA